AUGCCUGUCGAACUCUCCAAGUUUACGCAGAUGAUACCGACCCGUCAACUGAGGAUGCGUGUUCAGAGUAUCGAUCAAACGCGUUGCGAAAGUAAGACGUCCCCACUUACUGAAUUCGACGAUACAACGCUCCAGAAAGUCUAUCGUCUCUGUGUGCUAAGAAUGCGCAAAGAGACACACUUUCAGUUAAGAGUUCUGUUCCCAAACGGGAAAGUAAAAGGCGACAGGGAUUUGCGCUACUUACUCACGGGAAGAGCCAAUACUCACCCGGAAGACGUUCGUUCAUUUGAGGUGACUGUGAUCUUUACGGCUACACCGCCACCCGAUGCUAUUCCGUCACGGGCUGAGAUAGGGAUAAUAUAUGGAGAGAGUGCUAUUGAUGCGAAGAACAUUAAGCUGCAAUCGGAGGCCAUGACAGAGCAGGAACUCGACGUUUGGCGAACCGGUCGUUUCUACAACUACGAUGACUACCACGACAACCACGACAACCACGACUGCCACACCUACCACAACUACUACUGA